UAGAUUUGAGGGGUUUGACACGCACAAAUUCAAGACAUCUUUUGAGCAGCAGUCUUCUUUCUGAUUCUUGCUUGUUGAGCUUUGUGUCAUAGCCAAAAUGGGUGACGCCUCCAUCUUGACGCCAUCGGUACCCAAGACCUUCGGUGCAUCUGCCGCUGGGUCGCGAACAACUCCGCCGAAAGAGAAUGACCCGUACAGAUACCAGCUCGGCUUUGGUAACUACUUCUCCUCAGAAGCUGUACCAGAUGCCCUUCCAGAGCCUGGACGGAACGUGCCGCAGCGAUGCCCAUAUGACCUAUACUCAGAACAGCUUAACGGGACUCCAUUUGCAUCGUACCGCGACACACUCCAACAUGUCUGGAUGUACCGCAUACGGCCCGCCGUUGCACACGCGCGGCCCCGACCCAUGCCAGCAAGCCCCGAUUUAACAUGCUUCUCCCCGCAGAACCCGAACGUCCAGUUUACCCCUCUCACAUACGAAUGGGGUCCCCUAGAGUACCCCGAGGAGGAGGACCAGGUGACUUUCAUCCACGGACUCAAGACGAUAGGCGGCUGGGGCGAUCCGACGCUAAAAGAGGGCUUGGCAAUGCACCUGUACUCGUGCAACGCUUCGAUGGAGAAGAAGGCGUUCUGCAAUAACGACGGCGACUUCUUGAUCUUGCCGCAGGUCGGCCGACUCGAAAUCCAGACUGAGCUAGGUAGGCUUAUGGUCAGGCCGGGUGAGCUGUGUGUCAUCCAGGCUGGACUUCGGUGGAAGGUGUCGCUACCUGACGGUCCCUCGAGAGGAUAUGUGCACGAGGUGUUUGGCUCCCAUUUCGAGCUUCCCGACCUCGGUGUAAUCGGCUCUAAUGGCCUGGCGCAUCCUCGCGACUUCGAGUACCCCGUAGCUUCAUUUGACAUGGACCAGUCCAAGUGGGAGAUCACAUACAAACUCGCGGGCCAGCUCUUCGCGUACAAGCAGAACCACACACCCUUUGACGUGGUGGCAUGGCACGGCAGCUACGUGCCCUUCAAGUACGCCAUGGAGAAGUUCGUGCCGCUCGCCUGCGCGAUGAAGGAGCAGUGCGACCCGACCAUCUACACCGUCCUCAUCGCCAAGUCCAAGACGCCCAAGGUGGCGCUGUCAGAAUUCGCCGUGUACACGGCCAAGCAUAUCACGGCGCUCGACACGUACCGGCCGCCCUACUACCAUCGCAACAUGUCGACCGAGAUGCUCGGCAUGAUCUAUGGCGAGUACCACGGGUCUGUGCGUGACGUGCAGGAGGGCUGUCUGAGCUGCGAGAAUUCGUACAUGCCACAUGGGGAUGCCUACGGGGCGUGGAAAGAAGCGACGACGAAGCAGUUGGAACAUGAGGUCGCCGGCAAGGAUGCUUUAAGCUUCAUGUUCCACCUAAACAACCACUUUAGUCUGACCAAGUUUGCCUUGGAGAGGAACCCGACCAUCAAGCAAAUCCCCGGGUAUGAAGGCGAGUUCUGGGACAAUCUCCAAGGCCAUUUCAUGGACCAUCUAGAUGAGGUGAACACCAAGCUGGCGGCGAUGGGACUUCCGGCGCUGGGACAAGGAUCAGCGUAGGCACUGGAGGUUGUAGGGCCAGAAUACCAGCAUCUAGCAAAGAACCAGCUGUACGGAGUACUACGUAGUAGGGUGUCCAUAAUUCUCCCCAGAUUGUUAUUGUUGAUGGGUUCCCUACCCUAGGAGGGAGGAGAUAAGAAGGGUGCUAAUAUGGUAAUGGCCUAUCAUAGCCAACCAGGUUGACAAAGACCCACUAUCUAAACCAUGCUACCAUAGGCCCACACAACUCUGACCCGCUCACGGUGGAGUGUUAAAUAGUGUCGAGUCAGAUAAGGCCUAGAAUACUGACAUAGAGAGUGUAUUGAGGGAGGUCUUGUCGCAUUUCGCGUGGGUGAUGAUUAACCACGUUCGCUGCUUAAGCUCAGUUGCUGCAGAGUCACAACGCAAGUUGGUCUUGACGAUUCC